AGAAGAAACGAUAUUCUUCUUCCUCUUUCCCUUUCUCUCUCACUUUCGUUUCUUUUCCCCUACCCUGCAAACCCUAACCUUGAAAGCAUAUUGGCAUUGCCACUUCUCAACACCACUGAGUCAGCAAAUUAAGACGAAUCUAAUGGGAACUUUUUCUUCAACAUGCAAUCACCUUCCUCUCUUCCCUAUCUCGCCUUUCUUCUCCUAUUAGUUAACACACGUGCAGAACCAAACCAAUAAAUAGGGCACAAACUAGCUACAAGUUUUUCUAAGGCACAAAUUAUACGUAUUUGCCUUUCUUUUAGUAUCAGCAUAAUAGAAAUCAAUUCAUCCUCUAUAAAUUCAAUUUCACACUGAAAUCCAUUUUGCAUACCUAUUCUCAAAUGAAAGAAAUUCCUAGUGCAGAUGAGUCAUUGAUUUUGUCCGUGUGGGAUUCUGGUGACAGUGGAGCAAUGCCAAAUCUCGAGGUCUUGGAAUUAGUUGACAUGAAAAAGUUAGAAACUAUAUGUGCAGAUGAGUCAUUGGCAUGGCCUAAGUUAAAGGAGCUUCGGAUAUACAGGUGUAGAAAGCUGAAAAGAGUUCCUUUCGACAAGGAAAAUGCUACAGGGUUAAAGUUGAUCAAAGGGGAACAAGCAUGGUGGGAUAACUUGUCAAACGAAGAGUUCAUAGAGCACUUUAAGUCCUUUGGCAUUCUCAGGCAGAGUGUUUAAUUAUUUGAAGCUGUGCUUAGGAGAAAAGUUGGAAAAAUGAUUGAAAGCUGCAUCUGCGUAUGGCCAUUUUGAAGCCUAAUCAUUAGUUUUACCUUUCUGUCAUUUCUGCUCUCACUUUCAUGUCCUGUUUUAAUAAUGUUUCUACUAUUAUGUAAUGUUAAUCUUGGUCUUUAGGAGCUUUGUUCAGACCAGGCAACUUAUGAUGUUUUGAUUUAUGUGUAACUUAUGGUGUUUUAUUUGAACAACUUGUUUGGAGAUUCAGCAUCAAUACUUAUUGUAAUGGUGUAAUUGUUGUUGUUAUCGGAUUAUCAUCCAUUUUACUUAUUUCCUAGAGCUUGAAAAUUAACAGACUACAGUGAC